GCAGGUGAUCAACUACCUAAUCGGACGAAAAAAGAAAAGCAAAUUCCGUUCGUUUCGAGGAAGCUUCAAUAUCUUUCCUUUCCUUUCUCUUCCUUAUUACUGCACACCCUCUCCCUCUUUCUCUCGUUCGAAACCAGUCUCUUUGAGAACUCAGCAAAGAUCUGCAAACUUAAACUCCCAUUGAGCCCAUUUUGUGCAUAGCUUUUACCAAUGGGAUGGGGAAACAUCUGCAGGAGACGCAUGAGAGUAUUCACUGUGACUUUACUAAUAUACCUAGAUUAUAAGGCCUUACAGCAAAGAGAGAAAUGGACUAGUAGACCUAAAAGAUCUAUCAUAUGGGAAAGAGCCCACGAGCGCAACGCCAAGCGUGUGCUUAGUUUGAUAAUGGAGUUAGAAGGUUUGUGGGUGAAACUUGGACAGUAUCUAUCCACACGUGCAGAUGUGCUUCCUGAGGCAUAUAUAUGCGUUCUCAAGCAGUUACAAGACUCUCUUCCUCCUCGUCCCCUGCAAGAGAUUUGUAAUACCAUAGAGACAGAGUUGGGGAAAUCAAUGGAUGAACUGUUCUCAGAUUUUGUCAAAACUCCUCUGGCAACGGCAUCUAUAGCACAAGUCCAUCGUGCAACUCUGCUCAAUGGGCAGGAGGUGGUUGUUAAAGUUCAACAUGAGGGCAUCAAGACAAUCAUAUUGGAGGACUUGAAGAAUGCGAAGGCAAUUGUUGACUGGAUAGCCUGGGCAGAACCACAGUAUGACUUUAACCCUAUGAUAGAUGAAUGGUGCAAAGAAGCUCCCAAGGAACUUGACUUCAAUUGCGAAGCUGAGAAUACUCGAUCAGUAUCCAGAAAUCUUGGAUGCAAAAUUGGUAGACAUGAGAAUAACAAGAAUGCCAAUCGAGUGGAUGUAUUAAUUCCAGAUGUUAUUCAGUCAACAGAGAAAGUCCUUAUUUUGGAGUACAUGGAUGGGAUCCGUUUAAAUGACUUGGAAUCAUUGGAGGCUUUUGGUGUUAACAAGCAAAACCUUGUCAAAGAAAUUACACGUGCAUACGCCCACCAAAUUUAUGUUGAUGGAUUUUUCAAUGGUGACCCUCAUCCUGGGAAUUUUCUUGUGAGCAAGGAACCUCCUCAUCGUCCAAUUUUGCUGGACUUUGGGCUUACUAAAAAACUAUCAAGCUCUAUGAAGCAAGCACUAGCAAAGAUGUUUCUGGCAUCUGCUGAGGGGGACCACGUGGCUCUUUUGUCUGCUUUUGCAGAAAUGGGACUUAAGUUGCGCCUGGACAUGCCAGAGCAAGCAAUGGAGGUGACAACUGUAUUCUUUCGCAAUGCAACACCUGCCAAAGAAUCCCUUGAAACCAUGAAAUCUUUGUCAGAGCAAAGAACAAAAAACAUGAAGCUUGUGCAAGAAAAGAUGAAACUCAACCAAAAAGAGGUUAAACGAUUUAAUCCUGUUGAUGCAUUUCCUGGAGAUAUUGUAAUUUUUUCCCGGGUCCUUAAUCUUCUACGAGGGCUUUCUUCUCUGAUGAAUGCUCGGAUAGUAUAUCUGGAUAUCAUGAGACCAUUUGCGGAAUCCGUUUUGCAAGGAAAUAUUUAUAGGGGACCAGCAGUUAAUGAUCAGUGGGUCUAUGACACACCCGUGCAUUCUGAUGUGGAGGCAAAGUUAAGGAAGCUCCUAGUUGAGCUGGGGAAUAAUGAGAAAAUACUUGGAAUACAGGUAUGCGCUUACAAAGAUGGAGAGGUUAUCAUUGACACUGCUGCUGGAGUGCUUGGUCGAUAUGAUCCUCGUCCAGUCCAGCCUGAUAGCCUUUUUCCGGUUUUUUCUGUGACAAAGGGUAUCACAGCUGGAAUGUUACAUUGGCUGGUCGAAAAUGGGAAGCUGAAUCUCAAGGAAAAUGUAGCAAAUGUUUGGCCGGAAUUUGGAUCAAAUAGAAAAGAUCUCAUUAAGGUCCAUCAUGUGCUUAACCAUACAUCUGGUCUUCACAAUGCUUUGGCAGACAUUAUCAGAGAAAAUCCUCUACUAUGGUCUGACUGGGAUGAAUGUUUGAAGCAAAUUGCCUUGUCUGUGCCUGAGACUGAACCUGGCCAGGUGCAGUUGUAUCACUAUCUGUCAUUUGGCUGGUUAUGUGGUGGCAUUAUUGAGCAUGCAUCUGGGAAAAAGUUUCAGGAAAUUCUUGAAGAAGCAUUAAUUCAUCCCCUGCAAAUUGAAGGCGAGCUAUACAUUGGAAUCCCUCCAGGUGUUGAAUCGCGACUUGCAACGAUCACGCUAGAUACAGAUGAUCUGCAUAAGCUCUCAGGGAUCAGCAUUCGUCCUGACAUGCCCUCCACAUUCCAGCCAAGCGAUCUUGCCCAAUCAAUGACCACCCUUCCAGCUCUGUUUAACAUGCUCAACACUCGCCGUGCCAUCAUACCUGCUGCUAACGGACAUUGCUCAGCGCGUGCACUUGCACGUUACUAUGCAGCCCUAGCUGAUGGUGGUGUAGUACCUCAACCCCAUUCCUUGUCUUCCAAGCCGCCACUUGGCAGCCACCCCCACAUCCCCAAAUUUCCUUCCCAGAAGCCCUUAAAAAGGCGGAGAGGUAGCAGAACUAAGGAGGCAGGUACCGAUUCAACGAACAGCUCUGAUGACUAUGAACAGAAACCGAAUCAUGAUGACCUUAGCCUUAGUAGAGAUGCCAGCUGUGGUGCUUCUACUACUAGGCUUGCCAAUGAUGGUAGCACUAGCAAUGACAAGGGCAAUAGCACCAGUAUGACCGACAACCCUGAAAAUCCCAAUCCUCGAAACAACUCUAUUGGUAGGAUUUUUAACAAUCCCAGAAUUCACGAUGCGUUCUUGGGUGUUGGCGAAUAUGGGAAUUUGGUUUUGCCAAAUGGGGAUUUUGGCCUAGGAUUUAAGAGGUUCAAUUUGAAGGAGGGGCCCCCUGUAGCCUUUGGGCACUCGGGAAUGGGCGGAUCAACAGGCUUUGCUGACUUGAAUAACAGGUUUGCUAUUGCUGUGACCCUGAAUAAAAUGUCUUUUGGCGCUGUAACUGCAAACAUCGUACAGCUUGUUUGUUCAGAGUUGAAUAUCCCGGUACCGGAGGACUUCUUGAGAUUUGGUGGGAUGGGACCUGAUGCCCAGUUAAAUCCUGCGAGACCUUUGAUUAAUUGAGGAUGGGAAGAAAAAUUUUUCCCGUUUACAUAUUACAUUGUUUUUACCUAUACUACCAAUACUAUAUAUAUCUUGACAUUCAAACUCUACAGAAGCUUUUCUAGCCCAUUGUUAUACCUUUACGCAAGGCAAAUGUAGAUGUCAUUGUUCUUAAAUUGUACCGUAUAUGCUUCCACUUGAUCACAAAACAUAACGACAGGUGCAAUGCAUAAUUAUUUUUUCA